CACCCGUAGGCAGGUUAUCGAAAUCCCAUACCCCUGACGCGCCAGCCACCAACCACGCUUUUCUGUCUUCGAACCUUUACCCCAUCAUCUGAUCGUGUGAUUUCUUGCAGUACCACGCUUUUAACUGAGGCAGUAGACGGGAAGAGGGAAAGCUUUACUUCAAGAAGGAGGCUACUGCUAGUUCGGUGAUUUCCGUAUCUCCCGCAACGGUUCAAGUACACCAACAACAACAACAACCAGCAACAACGGAUCGGAGCGAGGAGACGGACAAUCCAUCCGUAGCAACCGUCUUGAAGGUUGCUUUGGUGGUGUGGGGCAGGAUACCGGAGAGAUGUCGGGGCUCGUGAUCGGGCUCGUGGCGGGGCUUGUGGUCGGUGCACUGCUCAUCUUCUGCUGCAUCAGGAGCAUCUGCAAAGAAAAAUCGGCCAUCAGCCGGCAGGUGAAGCAGGUUCAGCAGGUGGACGAAGACCUUUGCUACGACGACGUGGAAGCACCCACCCCGCCUUCAGAGGAUGCUGCCCGUGUUCGCCCCUCCGCCACCGCAACUGCCGGCUUGUCACCAAAAGCGAAACAGCAGGCGAUGGCAUCGGCGGCAACGGCGCCAAUUGACGACGUGCCGCCUACGUACGACGAGCUCGACGCUGAUGCGCCCUCCCCGGCCGGUGGCAGGGAACCGCCGAAGACGCUCGUCACCGUUGACUUGGGAUCUGAGGGGCGAAGACGAUGAGCCUGGAAGUGAAGUGCAGGGCACGACAUGUUGGAUCGAUGCCAUCGCGACGUCGGCGCUCGGUGCCAGCCAGAGCAACGACAAUUAUUUUUCGCCGAUCGUCAGCUGACGAGGGACUGCGACGCUCAGGGUCCAUGCGUUCAUGCACCACAUGCGGCAGGCCGCUGGCUUUCACGUGCCUUCCUUGCGGGUGCUGUUGUGCGUGGGUGCUACGUUUGCGCGUUGGCCUGGAAGGAGCUACAAGGUGGUCGCGCUAUGUUAAGGACCACAGACGUACCUGUGGAGAAAAACGUGCCGACGACAGAUGCGAACAAGAGGCGCAAGCGUUGCGUGACGGAUGGAGCAGUUGCAGCUCAAGCAUGGCCAGGGCCAGGAGGGGAGAAAUUUGUCGACGGAGAGGGGGAGGGGGGGGGAUAACAUCCCCGGCAGGAGACGGUGCUCGACCUCUAUCACUCGAUGGGGGAGGAGCAAAUGUGUGAAAGUAUGAAGGGGGCAUUGCGUAGGCAAAUAAUAAUCGGCGGGCGGGUAGCACGGAACGUGAUAUGCGUGACUCAUGGAGAGGGGGGUUGGUAAUUUUGGUACGGGUGAGCGUGCGCGCAAGCGGGACGGUGUACAAUGGUUGUGUCGAACGGUUUGGGGCGCGCCCUUCAAACCUUGCAGGAGAUGCUGGCCAUAGGACCUGUCUGAUGUUUUUUUUUCUUACCUAGGAACUGAAGGUAGCAGUAGAGGCGGCGGUGGCCCAGUGAAUGUCGAUAUUUUUUUGCUUGUGGAUGUGUAGAAGGGUGUGGAGAUGGACGAUGAUUGUGUCGGCAUGAUUUUCCUUCUUGGAGGAAGGUGUCUCUUGCAGUGUUUGGAAGUCGUAGGAACCAGCUGGGGGUGCUGGGGGGUGCUGUGGUCACGCUGUAUUGACCGACAAGAGCUGCAAGAUUUGGUUUUCAUUUUCAUGGUGUGAUUUUUUCGGGUCUAGAUGUCUUGCCUCUUUCUAGUUUUUUAUGGUGUCGACACCCGUUACUACUCCCCCUUUCACGGUUUUUAUGGGCGGAGUGACGCGUUCCUGCGGAGUAUGAAACGCCGCUGCCAUGGCUUUUUUGCCUCGAGUUAAGCAUUCAUGUGUUGUUGUUGAACUGAGGGUUCGGGCAAUAAACGAUACUGCCGUAGGCCUUGCAUGUCACGCUACAUUUCCCAAGACAGCACACGCCGCCGGGCUAUGGGAAUUCUGUUGGUUUCGCCGCUGUCGCAAAAGCUGCGAGGGUCUUGUUGUAAGGAGCGCCGACGGAAACUCGCCGCCACGUGGAAAACACAUUCCCCACCGUGCGCGGGAGACAAACUUCACAACCGGAUUCUCGGGGUCUGCCAUACACGCGUCCUAAGACUCCGUGCGCUACGGUCGGUGUUGGAAGGGUGGACCAUUUGAUCCCUUGUGCAGCGGACUUGUUUUUGCAAGGCUCCCGGGUUGGAAGAUGAGAGCGUCGUUACUUAUUUGUAGAUUCCGUUCUUUUUUAUUAUAUUUUGUAAGGGGUUGAGGCCCCGUUGCAUUUCGUCAUCAUUUCGGUGGUCGAUUGUGCCCUUCUACUCGUUGUCUGUUUGCGUUUCCACACCCACCCUUGUGUGGCGUAUGACCUCUUUUACACAUGUUCGUAUUUGCCAAGUGAUUAAUGUGUUGGCAUCGUCAGGGAUAGAGGAUGACGGGGGCGAUUGGGGUACAACGGGAGGAAUAAUUUCGGAUGUAUCUGCCUUUUCUUACCUUGCUAGACGGCCUGUGUUGAUGGCAAGGGGUGAAAUUCGAGAUUCUUCACGCGAAGAAAGGGUGCGUUGAGAGCGUCCUUCUUGAAUUUCUCCCACUCAGCGAUAUGUCAUUCGAUAUGUAAUCCCAAUCUAGCAGCAUAAUGUAAGGGGGUUGAUUGUUGUGCAUCGGGAACAGGUAUGAAAGGGAAAGGUUGGUCGCAUUAUCCUUGGAGGACUUCUGUUUGCGUGCAAAAUAUCUGAUGAGACAUGGUCGCGCACACUCAUGGUGCGGUGCGCCUCAUGUUGCUGGUGUCAAACAUCGCAAGCACUGAAGUGAAUCGGGUGUUGCGGAGAGUAGGCAUCCUUCCCGCAAAGGCCAAGCCCACUAUUUCCAGGUUCUCCUCCUCGUAGAAGACGCCUUGGGAAGGUGUGCAAGUCAUUCAUUCGCGCGCCGAGGUCCCGCAUGAUGUCUUGUGAAUAUUUCGUUCGUUUCUUCACUAUGUUGCGCGGGGGUUGGCUAAGAAUGAAGGUAUCGCGGUGGUGCUGCCACACCCGAGCUUAGGGAGAGAGCUUUUUGCUUUCCAGGACAAAUGAAGAAUGUCGCUAGAAUGGUCACGAGGCACCGUAAAUAGUGGCGAGGGCGCCAAUCAAUGUUUUCAUGUUUUUGGACAAGGAUGUGCAUGAUGUUCCAUUUAUCUCCUUCGUUUUUUCGUCUGUGUUCAGUGUUGGUUGUGUGUGCACUGCUGCUCGACCGACAGCAGCGAUCAAUUCAAUCGAACGAGACGUGUUUGUUUAUUGUAACGGUUGAAGAUGACCGGGAUGAGUGGACAAGCUCCAUGUCACGGCAACGCAAACCGAGACACUGCUGUUGCGUGCGACGUCAACACGGCGAGACGCGAUACGAACCGCCCAAUUUUUGGAACGGAGUGAACGACAAAUCCUCUGUUCGACUUGCUUCCGACGCCGGAUGUAUCAUUUUGAUUGGUCCAGUUUUGCCGCCGAGCGAGCCGCCUUUUGCUGGCGAAGGGAGCCUGUCCUUGACAGCAUCAGAUAAACAGGCGAACAAGAUCGACCUCGGACCAGUCAACGCCAAUGAUAUGGGGAUGGAGUGUAGACGCAUCGUAGAACGCGUUUUCGUUUGAAGUUGGCGUCUUGUUUGAGAGUAGAUGUGACAGAUUUGCGUAGAAUAGGGUAAGAUGUUAUCAUGAACGGAGAUGAAAGGGCUUUUCCAACACGGAGAUGUAGCAUGGAUCAAAGCAUUUGUUGGAUUUCAGCUUUUACAAGCGGACAUCAACGCAGCAGUAUUUUAGCAAGCUUACGAACGCAUAUAGGAUACCAUCAGGAUU